AUGACGAACAGAUAUCCGAGCAUAAGCUCGUCGGAGGAUGCGAGAUCAGCCGUAGCAACCAUCGACUUGCCCGACUCGGUCUCUAUGGGUGGAUGGACGGAUGAAUGGUCGAGGAUUGGCACUGCGUCAGGUGUGCCUCUGCCUAUGCCGUUUUGGUUUCAAGCUGAGGCGACGCAGAUCACCAACAAGUGUGUCUGUGUGCGACUCGACAUGGCAAUGUACAAUAUGAACAUGAUGAAGAAACGGGCGGCGGCUGACAGGCACCGUCAAGCGUCUGCCGUCAUCUCUAGUGCCUUGCAGCUGCUAGCGCCAAGACCCCUGCUCACGUCACCGGAUCUUAUCAGCCCCCGCCCCCGCCAAGCACGGGCCACCCCUCCCAAGCACUGGCAACCCCACCUGCCCUCCCUGCCCACCCUGCCUGUGCCUGCCUGUGCCUGCCUGCUCACCUGGCGGACAGGAGGACGACCGUCACUACUGCCUCCUAUUGGUUAUGUGUCAAUACAGCUCGACUCAAAAGAUGUAGUGCAAAAGAAUUGCCAGAAACCCAGCGAGGAAGGGGCCAGAAACAGCACUUCGUUUGAUAAUCACUAUGGACUUCAGCGGUACAGGUGGCUUGCAAGGUCCAGGCGUCUCAGUUUUGAUGGCGUUGAGGACGGGUCUUUGCAAUACCGAGCAAGACGUAGCAAAUUGCCGGUCGAGGAGGAUUCCAGAUCUAGUUUUCCAUCCUCGGCUCUUCAAUCGCUCAUUACCAGCCCCGCAACCAGGAUCCCGCACAAGAUCGUUGCGAGGAGACUCAUGCGCAUCCCUGGCGCGGCUCAGCUGGUCAAGAUCUACGGUGAGUACUGGCAUUCCUGGAUCAAUGGGCUGAUGGUGACGAGUUCAAACGUAAUACAGGACGACGGUGUCGUCGAGCACGUUGCUUAG